UUCACUGCCACCGCUCUCGGCCUCCUCGCCACCAUCGCCACGACCAACGCCGCCAUGUCCGCCUGCUCCAAGAAGAUCGCUCUGGGUCUGACCAACAUCUACGAGAACGGCGACACCUGCCUUCCACUACGACUACUGCGAGAACAUCCACGAUGGCCGUGGCUUCACUGCCGGUAUCGCCGGCUUCUGCACUGGCACUUCGGAUCGCCUGGGUCGUUCUUGCAGGAGUAUCACAAGAUGACCGGCGGCAAGGACGAGUUCAGCAAGUACGACGCCUCGGGCAGCGGCUCGACCAGCGGCCUGGACGGCUACUGCUCGGACAAGGUGCGCGACGAGAUGUACUUUGACCCGUCGCAGAAGCUCGCUGAUACGCUUGGUGCCCAGCUCGACGUAACCCGCGCUCCAGCUCACGGCGAUGGCUCGGAUCCCGACUCGGUUGGUGCACUGAUCAAGAAGACCAGCGCGUCGUUCAAGGCCGAUGCCAAGGGCUCGUCGGGCAGCACGCUCAAGAUCAACGGCCACAAUGUCGACGAGAUCGUCUGGCUGACAAAGUUCCUGCAGGUGCGCGCGGAUGACCUGAAGAACCCGCACAACAAGGGGACACAGAAGGAGUGGGCCAAGAGCGUCACUCGUGUCAAGUCGUACCAGUACGUGGUCGCCCAGAAGCAGUACAAGUGGAGCAACUCGAUCAAGGCUCUGGACAACGACGGCAAGGCCACCACUGUCAAGUGCUAG